AUGCCGAGGGGCUUCCUGGUGAAGCGAACCAAGCGCUCGGGCAGCUCCUACCGCUCGCGCCCGGCCGAACCGCUUUUCCCGCCGCCGGGGCCCCGCGCUGCUGCACCGCCCUCGCCCGACGAGCCCGGCCGGGGACUGUCGGGGUCCCCUUGCCUCGCGCCCGCGCGGGACGGCGCCGAGUGGGGCGCGGGUGGCGGAGACGGCCCGGGACCCAGCCCCGCGAGGCCGGCGGGCCCCGAGCUGCGCCGCGCGUUCCUGGAGCGCUGCCUGCGCUCGCCCGUCUCCGCCGAGUCCUUCCCCAGCGCCACCGCCUUCUGCUCCGCGGCGCCCGCGGCCGCGACCUCGGGGGAGCAGUUGGUGCCGCCUCGGGUCGCCGUCCCCGUCUCCGUCCCCGCGCCCACGCCCGCCCCGCAGGGGCUCCAGCGCCGCGGCAAGGGCGCCCUGGGCUGCGUGUCGGCGGCGCCCGCGGCCGUCAGGAAGCCUAAGGCGGUGAGGAGGCUGAGCUUCGCAGACGAGGUGACCACGUCCCCGGUGCUCGGUCUGAAGAUCAAGGAGGAGGAGCCCGGGGCGCCGGCGCGGGCUCUGGGCGGCGUCCGCACGCCGCUGGGGGAGUUCAUCUGCCAGCUGUGCAAGCAGCAGUACGCGGACCCCUUCGCGCUGGCUCAGCACCGCUGCUCCCGCAUCGUGCGCGUCGAGUACCGCUGCCCCGAGUGCGACAAGGUCUUCAGCUGCCCCGCGAACCUCGCCUCCCAUCGCCGCUGGCACAAGCCACGUCCCGCGCCCUCCUGCGCCGCGAGUAAACCUCCCUCCGCGCCGUUGACCCCUCCGGACCCUUCCCUGGCGGCGGGCAAGGAGAACGGCCGCAUGCCGCGGACCGACGAUCAGCACCCGCAGGCCCGGGACAGCUCCGGGGCCGGUCAGCACCGGGACAGCGCCACUCUCGCAGGCCUGCAGGCGCUGGUGCACCCAGAGGCAGCACGGCCGCAGGCCCCCUACCCCGAGGUGAUGCUCGGGCGUCGCGGUCCCGGGCCAGGCGGUGCCAGCGUGGGGGCGACACCCGAGGUCUUCGUGUGCCCGUAUUGCCACAAAAAGUUCCGUCGCCAAGCCUAUCUGCGCAAGCACCUGGGCACCCACGAGGCGGGCCCGGCCCGUGCACCAGCCCCGGGCUUCAGCUCGGAGCGCACAGCCCCACUCGCCUUUGCGUGCCCGCUUUGCGGGGCGCACUUCCCGUCCGCGGAUAUCCGAGAGAAGCACCGGCUAUGGCACGCUGUCCGCGAGGAGCUGCUACUGCCCGCCUUGGUCGGGGCUCCCUCGGAAGCGGGCCCUGGAGGGGCGUCCGACGGUAGCACUCAGCAGAUUUUCUCAUGCAAGUACUGCCCAUCCACUUUUUUUAGCUCCCCGGGCCUGACCCGGCACAUCAAUAAGUGUCACCCCUCAGAAAGCCGGCAAGUGCUGCUGUUGCAGAUGCCACUGCGGCCUGGCUGCUGAGGGGACUGAGGCCUGGUGAGAUUUCGAGAAUGGCUUGGAGAAAACAAUAUGGGAACUCCUGUGGGGCUUUCAUCGUCUGGCAAUUUCCUUUCCUCCCCAUGCCUUCCCUCUUAAAACUCUCCCGGUCACGAUCCGCCCGGGAGAAGGCAGCGAGAUGUAAAACCCCCUCUCUAGAGCAGGUAUGUAUCUGGCAUAAAAAUCUAUGGUCAAAACUGACAGCUUGAAGUCCUCAUUUCCCCGCUAAAACAGGACAUCCCUUUCCUUAAAACGCCGGAGACCCCAAUGAAUCCUCUAUGGUUUGUAGUUCCUAUGGAAAGUCGCAGUGAACGCGUGCAAGUCUCAGUGUGUACACCUAAAGUGGUCGUCACCAACGUUUCUCUCUCUUGUCACCUCAGGCACUUAGGUCGUUUCUGUCUCAAGAGGGUCAGAUUUCUUGCCUUGUAUAUUCUGUGAAUCAAGCUAUGUGACUGAUGCCAAACUUGCAGGGAAGGAGGACCUACCCUUGUAGACAGACAGGAGUACAAGAGGAUGUUGCUGUCUGGCGUGAAACUUUCUUUCCUCAUUUGGAUGUAUUAGUUCCUUUUUAAAAUUAGGUUUUGGAGGUGGGGAAGGUGCGGCUUAGUGGGAAGGAGUUGGUGUGCUCUCUGAAUUAUUUACCUGUUUUAUGUGCUGCAUCCAGGAGGAGCUACUUAAUUUUUUUCUUUACAUAAUCUUUUUUUUGAAAUACCAUACUCAUUCCUAAAGUUUGAAUGUUUUAGAAAGAUUUAAUUCCAAUUAUGUAACGAUUAUGCUGUAAAUCUGCUGCAUAUUACAUCAAAAACUGUUCAACUUAAGGAGGAUGUAAUCCACCAUGGAACUGAAUGUCAAUUCACUCAAUAUCCUAUAUUUCUUUGCAGGAGCAAUGUUUGAUUUUUUUUUUUUUUGUAAAUCAUACUCAGUGUAUAUUCUGUAUCUAUUCCCUCAAUAGCCAGAGUCUGGGACACUGGCUGAGUGUUGUCCAACAAUAGAUUUGUAAGCUGCUUCCGCCAAAUAAAUGUACUCUGUAGACUGUACCUGUUUUCUUCUGUCUUAAGAAGUGGUUGAACACAGUGUAUUUUCAAAGGCACAUCUCUUACCUUCCUAAUACCAGCAUUCAACUUUGGAAUCUUAGGGACCUAUUUUGACAGAACACAAAGGCAGGAGAUAGUAUACCUUGCAAAGGAAUAUAACAGUGCUGAAAUGCAAUGGGAAUUCCUCCUUGGAAGUUGAGCUGAGGACUGCAGCUCCAUGGAGGGGAGAAUAGGACUGUUUUUGUUUGUUUUAAGUCUACUCAAUAGUGUUACCUGGAGAUAACAAAUUAUAAAUGGUGACUAUUUCAAGUCUGUAUUUUCUGUUCAUCUUGUUACCUGUUAUCAAUCCAAUAGAAAUACGUAAGGAGUUAAGUUUGAUUUUCCUUUGAAAAAUUCUUCCUGUUGGCUAUGGGAAACUCAAGUGUUUUAAACACAUUCCUACAGGAUCUCUUUACUCAUUUGAUUGUUUUAUUUAUGAGCAUUAAUUAAAAAAAAAGCAAAUUAGUAACUCUAAAAAUUUGCUAAGAAAAAUUUGGUAGAAAGUUUUAUUCCUGAAAGUAUAUUAAAAAACACUAAAAAUUUCAAAAGUCAAAUGUCAUGAGAUAGAUGCAUUGAUUUUGGUCAAGUUUCUGUCCAGACUUAGGAAGUGGAAGACUUUCUGUGCUCAAAUGGACAGCGGGAGGACCUUUGAAAAGUACACUGGGCUGAUUCUGAAAACAGCGUUUAUGUUUAUUUUCAUGAUUAGCUAAGCUGCCCUAGGGGAUAUGUUACCUCUCCCAAUUACAUAGCCCUGCUGCUUUUAAGUCUGAAAAUACAUG